UAUUCCUUAAAUACUUGGUCUCCCCACUGUAUAGUAUCAAUCAUGCCCACAGUCAUGCCUAUUUGCCCACUAACACGGAACAGCUGGCAGCACCCAUCUAAAUGACCAGAGCAUGCAAUAAGUGUGAAAUAUUAAGCCCAUUUCUCUUUAGAGACAGCAUACCUACCCAAUUGAUUAAUUAGCAUGCAGAGCCUCAGACUAUGCAAAAAUAUAACAUUUUAUAGUAUGUGACAUUUUGAAAAUGUUGUAUGCUUUAAAUGCCAGGAUGUCAUACUCUUUUCGGCUUUUCAUUUCUAAUUCGCUGCACAUUGUUGAGGAAGAAAAGCAUCAUUUCAGACCACGUGUGUUUGACAACAGCUGAUAAUCAACUGGUAAUUCGAUUAGAGGACGGGCUGUAGCCAAAUGAACAAAUGGUGGGAAACGACACAUUUGCCCAUUAGAUGAUGCGUUCUCAGUAUAGGUAAGCCUAGUAUGUUGAUAUUUGGUGCUUAAUGCAUACAUUUUUACUGAACAGUGGAUUCUAAAUAGUAUGAAGUAUGAUUAGUACUUACACAGGGAAAUGUCAUUUUAGUAAGUAGUAGGCAGGACAGAUUUCAGACACAGCCAACGACUCAUACAAGACAUUGUCACCAAUGUUAUGUUGAAAGAACGAGACCUCUUUUUAUACGGCUUGGGUUUUUUCCAACUCAAACAUUGUACAGACUUAGGUUCUCUUGGUUGAUGAAUAAAGGCCCACUACAGUUAGUUGAGUUGGUUAGUUUACAUCAUACACUUGCCGGUUAUGAAUGCCAGUUGGAUAACAAGUGUUUGUAAUGACGGAAUGAUGAAUUGUAAAUAACCUUGACCUUUUAAAAUAACAUUUUCACAUAUCUCCUUUCUCGCUCUCUAUCUUGUCUCUUCAUCUCGCUCUUUCUCUAUCCCCCUCCUCUCUUUCUACUUCCUUCCUUUCUCCUCUUUCUUUUUCUCGCAGAUAAACUGAAGAAGCAGUUGGAGUUGCAUAGGAUGCAGAGAGCCGCUCACGGUGUCACUGUUAGCCCAGCAGAGGUAGAGGAGGUAGACCCUGUGGAAGAAAACAUCCGCAGACAGAUGGAUGAGGAGAAGAAGAGUUACAAGAGCACCUUUGGCCAUCUGAAAACACUGAAGAUGGAGAUUGAGCACCUGCAGCUGCUGCUGGAGCGGUCAAAGGUGAAGCUCCAGAGAGACUUCCAGGAUUGGUGGAGCCAGGAGGCCGCCAUGCUACAGGUCCCAGAGUCAGAGGGCAUGGCUAGGGGUCAAAGUUCAAUACGGACCAAUCAGAGCUCCGAGUCGUCCUCUCCUAGCCAUCCAAUGACCAGAGCCCUGUCCUCCACUGAGCUCUCAAAGUCCUUCUUCCCUCUGACUGGAGACCAGCAGACAGACGCAGACAUCCUGGGCUUCAUUAGGGCCCGACACAACCUGCUAAACAGGACAGGGCCACCUCUGCCAUGACCAAAAUGCUUGUCUUGUGGCUGCAUCCCGAGCAGAAGUGAAGGAGUGCCACCCGGGAACAUCUGAAUGUGUUCGACACACAUAGGAUCUAUGCGAUUGGUGCCUAAUGAACUUAACCCAGAUGCUCUCACAUGUCCACAUGAGACUCAGGCCUCAAUUAUGUUAGAAUGGAUGUUGGUUGGAUGAAAGGGAACUGGAGGAAGACUAAAAUUCACUCACUCACUCUCUCUCUCAUACAUAUUUACAUUUACAUUUAAGUCAUUUAGCAGACGCUCUUAUCCAGAGCGACUUACAAAUACACACACACACACAC